UUUGAUGCAGACAUGCACUGAUAUCUGACGAAUAGCCUUACUGAAAUGUCUCAUGAAGUCAGAUAAUUAAUGGACAUAUUUCUCACCGACAGUGUAUAUACUGAUUACAUAUGCUAUGGUCUGUGAAUGAGGACUACAUAUUCAAUCAAAGUUUGAAGGGGUUCCAGAAUUUAAGUAAAAUGCCUUUAGGGCACAGUUGAACCAUCCUCUCGUAUAAAAGAGGAAGCAAAAGUAAUUACAAAUAUGUACUUUUUGGAGAAAUCUGGAUUACCAUUAUUGUUGCAGCCUAUUUUAAGAAAUUAAUUUUAUGCGCUUUGCAAGACCCAAACCGAGCAUCCCUCCUAUGCUGUGGUAGGCUGAUGGUCGUUGCCGUUCAAUUCUGAGGAGGGAACUGACGAACGUUUCGAGUGGAACUGCUGGGAUAACCGCGUUCUAUUAGCUUACUAUUCGAACAUUCAAAAGGAGGGCUUGCGCUGUAAACAUCUCAUUAUCCGUUUAACGCUGAACAACUUUCUUUGCUGAGAAAAAUAGUGCAGAGCACGCAUUCAGGAAAAAAAGAAAGAAAGAAAAGCUUUGAGGUGUUUCUUUUCCCCUAAUGAACGAGUCCAGUGUAAGGGGUGGUGUACUCCAGCAGGGAGGAGGGUGGACCGCCUGAGAGAUACUCAGUGACAGUGAACGUCUCAGCUGGAUUGCCAUAGAGCUCUCGAGACACGCUCGCAUCUACUUAGGACUGACGGUUUCAGGAUGUUUUUGGAAAACGUGCGUCUUCUGUUUGACUGUGAGAUCACCUCAGAUUCCUUCCAUUAUUGACUGUUCUGACAAUCGGAAUCAUAUUGUGUCAGAAUCUAAAUAAUAUCCUUGGAUACCGGAAGGAAUUGCAAUUUUUUUCUUACUUGGGGAAAUAAUAAACGAAUAUGAUGGAUAAACGGUGAUGCUAGUGAUGAUACUAGUAGAUAACUGAAGCUGAUCAUAAGACACAUUUAAGGAUACCAGCCGAGUCUGUUGGGUGUAGGAUGUAGAAUGCUUCCCAUUCGGAGAUUAAAGGGUCAGCCGCAGCUGUGGCCGAUGAGUGCCGAGCCUCCUCCUUGGGUCUGGGUCCUCCCGGCAACCUCCGGGCUCUGCAGGAUGGGUGCAUCGGCACCCCCUCCGUUGCUAAUCGCCUCUCACCCACCUCCGCUGCUGCAAGCGGUUUCCACGAGCUGGCAACUGUCCUGUGAUCCGUUCCUGCCUUUGAUGCGAAUACCGUCAGCACCAGAACCAACUAUUCAUCAGUUUCCCCUGCCGAGUGUUCAGUGGGAGCUACCAUCUCAACCCCCGGUCCUGGGGUUCCAGCCUUCCACAACCGUGGAUUUGGUCCCUGUGUUCCCCCAUGUUUACCACUCGGUCCUGCCCCCUCCUUUUGGCAAGAGAUGGGUUGAAAAGAGGUUCCCAGAAUACAAGGUUUAUGUAAACAAUGCCCUAGCCUUGGACACCACCUGGCCGGGUUCUGAGGAUAUAGGAAUCUUCCAGAGGCAUGAGAAACCUCUGCUGAUGACAAAUCAAAUGGCAAUGAGCAUAUCUAGGCCAACCGCUGCCUCCAGGAAUUUUCGCACUCUGUUUGUGUCACCUCAGCGUAUAUCAGGGUGCCCUGUGGCCAUCAAGAGGGUGGGAAGCCACAAGAGGAUCGCGUUGGCGGCCGCGGCCAUGAUGGCCAUGGAGUCGGAGGGCUCCCAGGGACCUGCGGCCCCCUCGCCCAGCCAGCCCAUCCACCUGUUCUCCCUCUCCCCGAUCAGGAUCCCCAUCCUCUCUGCGCCAGUUUCAGGUGUCAGUUUCCGUGAUGGACGGCUUGGCCCAGUGCUGCCAGCGCAGAUCACCAGGGUGGCGUCACUGUCCGCGCCGGGGGUGACUUUUGUAGCUGGCGACUGGACAGAGCAGCCAGUGACAGAUAAAAGCUUAGAUAUGAAGAAAGCAGCAUGUGCUGGGACCUUGGUGCUGCACGAUGAUCAGAAGCCUGAAGACAAAAAUGAGAUUGAACCACUCAAGAUCUCCAUUGAAGAAGACAAUGCCCCUAAAGACAAGCGACCUGUGGCCUCCACGCCUGUCCCUGGAUCACCCUGGUGUGUGGUGUGGACAGGGGAUGACCGGGUGUUCUUCUUCAAUCCCACGAUGCAGCUGUCGGUUUGGGAAAAACCUGUAGAUUUAAAAGGCCGGGGGGAUCUGAACAGGAUUCUCGAAGAUCCUCCACACAAACGCAAAAAGGACUCAUUAUCCACUGAAGAAGGGUCCAACUCCUCCUCUGGCAAUGAUGAGGAUGGCGAAGAGCACACUGCAAAAACUAAAAGGAACAAAAUGGAGGAUCCCAUUGAAGCAGAUGAAGAGAACACGGGAGAGGGAGAAAAAUGUGCCAAGACGUUUCCUCAUCGGACAAUUCUGCCCUUGGAACUGAGGAUCGCCCACUUCAGGGACAUGCUUCUUGAAAGAGGGGUGUCAGCAUUCUCUACAUGGGAAAAAGAGUUGCAUAAAAUAGUGUUUGAUCCACGAUAUCUCUUACUGACAUCAGAAGAAAGAAAACAGAUAUUUGAUCAGUUUGUAAAGGCUCGAAUGAAAGAGGAGUACAAGGAAAAAAAGGGCAAACUACAACAGGCUAAAGAGGAAUUUAGAAAGCUUCUUGAGGAGUCAAAAAUUACAUCCAGGUCAACAUUCAAGGAAUUCUCUGAAAAAUAUGGCAGAGACCAGCGUUUCAAACAAGUUCAGAAAAAGAAAGACCAGGAGCACUUCUUCAAUCAGUUUGUCAAUGCACUCAAGAAACGAGACAAAGAAAACAGACUAAGACUGAGGAAGAUGAGAUGAAAAGCCAUGAGCUUUGCUAUAAACUAUUCUUUAAACUGUGAAGGGAUUUCUGACCACUAAAUGAAAUAGUCAGUUUUGUAAAGUAUCUGUCAAUAUCCCUGAAUCAAUACUUCACAAGGACAAAGCAGCCAAACAUCCACCCAGAACAUCUGUAAACUGGUGAUGCCUGACUUGACUGUGUGGAAUAUGAAGUCAAUGCUCAGAGAUUAAAUGUUUCAUAUUGAAGCUUUGUUUUAAAAUUCUGUGUUUCACGUGCUCAGAUCUCAGUAAAAAGCGUGGAUUUAGCAUUAAUGGUGUUAAGUACAAUGCAUAAUUACAUGUAUAACUAUCUUUGAUACAGUAUGCAUGUGUGUGUCUCAUAUAUAUGCCACCUGGUCUCACGACCCAUUUGUAUCUAUUCAAUGAAUUUCUAGAACCCUAAAAUUCAUACUUUUUCGAUGAAUGAGGGACUCAAGGAAAGGUACGGCAACAAUAUUAUAUUCCAACAUGAAUAUUUCCAACAUUUGUAGACGACCAUUAUUAUUCCAUAAAUGGAUUUUAAUGUAAUAUGAUGUAUAAUUAUGCAGCUUUUUCUUGUUUCCUUUAUGUGUGUGGGCGGCUACAUCUAUAUCCCAUGUACCAUGUCCUGUUUUGUAUUACCAAUCUCUUAGUGAGCUACAUGCCAAGCCAUCAUUGGUGACUCACCUUAAUUGUUUCACUGGUGAAAGAAAAAUAGCGGAUUUUUGUUCCGGUUCAUAUUGUUUCGAAGUAAGUCGUCAAGUCAUGCAAUGUGAAGGGUCCCUCAUUUGGUGGAUAGGUACGAAUUUUAGGGUUCUGGAAAUCUGUUGAAUUGAUGCAAAUGGGUUGUGAGACCAGGUUGAGAUAUGUGUAUGCACACAGUACACAUGCUGACAUGCAUAUGUAAAUGUACAAGGGAUUCUGGAUUUAUGAUGCACUGAAACUAUGGAAAACAUUUAACAUUUUGAAAUAUUGAGGAACAAAAAUAUUUAUUGAUGGUAUUGUGUAUUGAUGGAUUUUCUGAUGUUGUCUAAAAGUGCAUUGUGGUUAAAGCCAGACAAUGGUAUUUCAUAGAAAGGAUAUCCUUUGACAUUAUUUAAGAGAGUACAGACACUGUCAUAAGUCUUCAUUAAUGUAAAAAAUAGAUAAUUGCUAAUAAUAAAUGUGCAUUCUGUGUAGGAAGACAUUCUAAAACAUAUCCUAAGGACUGUAGUAUUCGUUUUGGAUUUGCAGUGCUUUGUUUGUUAAAAUGCUAGAUAGGUACUAAUUGAUUCUUUUACUAAGUAAUGUUUUCUCAUUUAUUUUUCAAUUAAAGGUUUUGUGGAUUCUGUGUUGAUACAUUAACCUCCUGCUUUAAUCAAUAUUUAAAUCAAGGAAAAUUCAAUUGUAAAGUACUCCCUUUUCUCCAGAGCCAAACAAAUGAGGUCCAAGUUCUCUGGUCUUAACAUGGGUGGCAACAAAGAAAAAAAAAAGGAAGUUUCAUCACACAGACCUUGGGAUGUACAGUAUGAUCAUCCACUGGUGGUCAAUCAAGGUGUGGCCAGAUUUUACUUAUGUGCUACUCUGAGUGGAAUGAUUACAAGACCUUUAAUAAUUUCACAGCAGUGAUUCCAAGCUACUGUAUCUACAGAACAUCUUAUAAAAACCAUAGAGCAUGUGAAAGUGUUUCAAAUGAUAAACUCAAUGGUUUAAGUCUUCAGCUCUAUCAUUCUGCCAUGUCAUGCUCAAUUCUCUUUGGGAACCAGGUGGUCGUUUCCUAAAUUUUCUCUAUCCUCUCUCCUUCUGUACUCUAGGCAAUACCAGGUAGCAGGAUGUGAUGGUGUUGCAUUGCGAUUUAUGAAUACUCAUACAACCGAUACUGUCUAUUGUCACCCCGUCAUGUAUAAGAUGUAUACAUUACAUUACAGGCAUUUAGCAGAUGCUCUUAUCCAGAGACUUACACAAUUUUUUUUUUUUUUUUUUUUUUUUACAUAGCAUUUACAAUGUAUCCAUUGCUCAAGGGUACAACGGCACUGUCCUGGCAGGGACUUGAACCUACAAGAUUUAGGUUACAUGGCCAACUCCUUACAUUUACAAAAAUAAGUAAACCAGUUAAUGUAUUAAUUAUUGAAGGCCUGAAUCUGCUUUAUUAAAACUGCAGACAAUGACCUACAGCAAAACGUUUAACUCGUGGAAGUCUAUAUCUAUAACUGCCUACAUUUUAAAAUAUCUAAAAGCAUGUUAGGCAUCAUUAAUCCAGAUGAAAUCCAAUUAAAUCAAAGGAAGGAUUUUCUGGUAGAGAAAGGAAGGUGAAAUAGUUACAAUAAAAUACCAUUGUGUAAAAUAAGACUAUUAAAAGGUGGGUUGUCACUAAUGCAGAUA